GUACCUCAUCCAUGCAACUUCGAGGAAGGAGAACAUUUACACAAACGAAACCGGCCUCGAUUUUAUACCCCAGCAAAAUGCCGGCUGCAACAACCUUCCCAAACAACUUCCUCUUGCCUGUACGUUCGUUGUCAUCGACAAUCCUUCCUUCAACAUUUCUGCUUCCUUUCCUCCUACGACUUUACUCCUUAUACACAUUAUUUAUAGUUAUAAAUACCCUAUACCUCAGUCCGUCUUUCUCUAUUACCGCAUUCCAUUUGCAAUUCCUAGAGUUAGGACUUACGCCUGUGACUUGGUUGCCUUUCAUUCACAAAUGGCAGCACAAAAUGCGAUUGUGUUCGAGGAUUUUUUCCCAGCCAUGGUGGAGAAAUUAGGUGCUGAAGGGUUCAUGAAGGAGCUGUGUAAUGGGUUUCGGUUGUUGAUGGAUGGAGACAAAGGAAUGAUCACUUUUGAGAGCUUGAAGAGAAACCUGGCUUUGCUUGGAUUGCAAGACAUGAGCGAUGAAGAAGUGGUUUGCAUGUUGAGAGAAGGCGAUUUGAAUGGAGAUGAUGCUUUGGAUGAGAUGGAAUUUUGUACUUUAAUGUUUAGGUUGAGUCCUGCUUUGAUGAAGAGCUCAAGAACAUUGUUGGUUGAAGCUUUAGUUAACGAAAUGUAAUCCUUUGUCUGCAUUCAGCAAAAAAA